AUGGCUCUAACACCACUAUUGCAACAAUGGUGUCAAGAGCUCAACGAAACCAUAUCCAUCAGUUCCUUUCUCUUCUCAUCCCUCCUCUUAAUAUUGCUCCUAAUUGCACUCAACUUCUUCAAAGGUAGCAAAAAACUCAACUUGCCUCCAUCUCCGCCGCGGCUUCCUGUAAUUGGACACAUGCAUCUCCUAGGCACACUCCCUUACAAGUCUCUCCACACCCUCUCUCAAACCUACGGCUCUCUGUUGUUGGUAUACUUGGGCCGUGCCCCGACUCUCGUUGUCGCAUCAGCAGAGAUGGCCAAAGAAAUCAUGAAAACCCAAGACGUUACUUUCGCCAAUAGAUUUCAAACAAGGGCCGGCAAGAGCAUAAUGUAUGGAUGCCGUGAUCUGGCAUUUUCUCCCCGCGGAGAGUAUUGGAGACAAAUGAGGAAGAUCUGUGUUACGCAGCUUUUGAGCCUCAACAGGGUGCACUCAUUUCAUUCACUUAGAGAAGAAGAAGUUAUGGAGUGGAUUGAAAAGAUACGUCACGCAAGUCUUGAUAGUGCCCCUUUAAACCUUGGACAUUUGUUUGUUCAUUUAUCCAGCAACAUAAUAUCUCGACGUACUUUAGGUAGAAAAUACGAAGGACAAGAUAAUAUCAGAAGAUUCGGAGAGCUAGCAAGGUCUGCCUUGAAUCAUUUCGGAGAAUUCUGCUUUCGGUACAUUUUCCCCUCUCUCGGCUGGAUGGAUGUUUUAACUGGCUUUGUCAAGAGACUGAAGGACACUUCAGAGGGAUUGGAUGCUUUCCUUGAUGAGAUCAUUGAAGCACAUAGGAGCUACAAAGAAAAUUAUGAUCAGCCCGACAAGAAUUGUUUCAUCGAAAUCCUGCUCCAACUUCAGAACGAAGGCAUGAUGGGGAUUGAUAUCACUCACGACAGUAUUAAAGCAAUUUUACUGGACAUGCUUUUGGCAGGAACGGAUUCUAUUUCAUCAAUCAUGGAGUGGGCAAUGGCGGAGCUGAUGAAAAACCCAACUACCAUGCAAAAAGCUCAAGAGGAGGUAAGAACGGUGGUCGGUAUGAAAUCUAGGAUAGAUCAAGAUGAUAUGGAUCAAAUGGACUACUUAAAAUGUGUCGUCAAAGAGACUCUUAGACUACAUCCCCCAGCUCCUUUAUUGAUUCCUAGGGAGUUGACUACGAGUGCUAAGUUGGGAGGUUACGAUAUUCCUCCAAGAACAAGAGUCUUGAUCAAUGCGUGGGCAAUUCAAAGGGAUCCUGAUUUGUGGGACAGGCCAGAAGAGUUCCUUCCCGAUAGAGUUCAUCCCAUUUGGUGCCGGGAGAAGGGGCUGCCCGGGAAUCUCGUUAUCUGUCAGGUGGUGUCAAGAAGGACCUGGACAUGA